UGGUCCUCUCCACGUUGACAUGAGGCCCCGCUGGCCGAACCCCUCCGCCGCCGACGAGUUCAAACUGGCCAAAGAAACCCUCGCCCGCCUCAAUCACAAACUCCCCGUCACCCACCCGCUUAGCCCCUCCACCUUAACCCAUGCCUUCCUCUUUGCCUUCCCCUGCCGCCGCCUCACCCUCUCUCUCUUCCCCUUCCUCUUUCGCCUCCCUUCCUCCCCUCCCUCCCUCUCUCCCCUCUCCCUCGCCCUCCACAUUCUCUCUCACCUCAACCUUAUCUCUCCCGCGCUCUCCCUCUCCCGCUUCCUCACCUCUCACUUCCCCCUCUCUUCUCUCCUCCCCUCCCUCUCCACCUCCCUCUCCCUCCUUCCCUCUCAAAACUCCGCCUUUUCCGCCUCCCCUAAUGCCGUCGACCUCCUCAUCAAAUCCUACUCGUCUUCCUUCCAAAUCCCCGAAGCCCUCUCUGUUCUCUCUCUCGCUAAAUCUAUCGGCUUCACUCCCUCUUUACUAUCCCACAACUCUAUCCUCCACGCCAUGUUCCGCUCUCGCCACUCCGAUGCCUCCAUCAAGAAGCUCUUAUCCGAGAUCACCUAUUCCGGCGUCUCCCCCAAUGUCUACACUUAUAACAUUCUCAUUCGUGGGUUCUGCUCAAGCGGAGAUUUUGACACGGCGAUUGGCUAUUUUGAAGAGAUGAGGAUGGCUGGUUGUUCGCCUAACGUUGUCACUUAUAACACUCUGAUUGAUUGGUACUGCAAGUCGGGGGCGGCCAACAAAGCAAUUGGAUUGUUGGGCUUUAUGCUAGAGAGGGGAGUGAGGCCGAACUUGAUUACUUAUAAUUCGUUAUUGAAUGGGUAUUGCAGGGAGAGGAGGGUAGGAGAUGCACGUAAGUUGUUUGAUGAAAUGGCUAAGGAGCGAGUAGUGCCUGAUGUGGUUAGUUAUAAUACUCUUGUGAAUGGGUAUUGUAAGGAGGGGGAUGUGCACGGGGCAUUGGUGGUGAUUGAUGAAAUGUGGAGGAAAGGCGUGAAAGGGAAUGUGGUGACAUAUACUUCGGUAAUUAGCGCGAUGUGCAAUGCUGGCAAUCUGAGCAGGGCAAUGGAGAUUGUUGGGAGGAUGCGGGAGAGAGGGAUUCGACUCAACGAGGUUACGUUCACAAGUUUGAUAAGCGGGUUUUCAAAGAAGGGUCUCUUGGAUGAGGCCAUGGAUGUUAUGAAGGAGAUGAGAGAGAAUAGGAUUGAAGCAUCAGUUGUCUGUUAUAAUGCUCUGAUUAAUGGGUACUGUAUUUUGGGAAAAAUGGAAGAGGCUUUGUUGAUUAUUCGUGAUAUGGAGAAGGAGAGAGGCUUGAUGCCUGAUGUGAUAACUUACAGCACAAUACUUAGUGGGUAUUGUAGAAUUGGAGAUGUGGAUAUGGCAUUCAAGUUUUACAGAGAAAUGGUUGCCAAGGGUGUCUUGCCCGAUGCAAUUACAUACUCUUCACUCAUUAGGGGACUUUGUGAGGUGAGAAGAUUGGGUGAUGCUGCUGAGAUGUUCGAUGAAAUGAUUAGCAAGGGGUUGAAGCCUGAUGAACUGACAUACACAACACUUAUUGAUGGGCAUUGCAAAGAAGGGGAGUUGGAGAAGGCUUUUCUUCUUCACUAUGAGAUGAUUGGGAAUGGUAUUCUCCCUGAUGUAGUUACUUAUAGUGUCCUCAUAAAUGGUCUUAACAAGAUGUCACGAACCAAGGAAGCCAGACGCCUACUUUUUAGGCUAUACCAUGAGGAGAAUAUUCCAGAUAGAAUCACAUAUGAUGCUUUAAUGGAAAGCUGUGACAAAACAGAUUUCAAGAGUGUUGUAUCUCUAAUAAAGAGCUUUUGUAUGAAAGGAUUGAUGGAUGAAGCUGAUAAAGUGUUUGGCUCCAUGCGUGAGAGGAGCUUGAAGCCUGAUGAGGCUGCCUAUAAUGUAAUUAUUCAUGGGCACUGCAAAUGUGGAAAUGUUCUGAAGGGGCUAAGCCUGUAUAAGGAAAUGCUGCAGGCUGGUCUCUCUCCUAGUGCCAUAAGUACAAUAUUUCUAAUAAAAGGGCUUGCAACUGAGGGGAUGAAUGAAGAGCUUAAUCAGAUUAUUGAGCAUUUAUUGAGAAGCUCUGUGCUAACAGAUGCUGAAUCAUCAAAGAUUCUUGCUGACAUAAACUUGAGGGAUGGAAACUUGGAGGCUGUGGUUGAUGUUCUUACUGAGAUGGCAAAAGAUGGCCUUCUUCCAAAAAGUGGGUAGAGGUUGGGAGUUUCUAGAUCUUUGAAACUAAAGAAAAAAUUGAUCUCCCUUUCUGAAGGGCUUAGAUUUUUCCAAUUUUGAUGGGCAGUGAAUUGGAGAUGUUUGUUGAAUUUGAUGCUUCACAGGGACUGGAUAUUGGUGGGGCUGUAUGAGAGGGAGAAUGUGCAUCU